GGCGGGGAAGCCGCCGAAGGUCUCCCCCGCCUCCCUUCUCCGUCCCUCCCCAUCGCAGCCUCCGGGGCACCGCCGGGUCGCUUCGGCUGCUGCAGCCGAGGCUGCCAUGGCGUGUGGAUUGGCCGCCAGGCUCCUCUCCUCCUUCUCCUUGCUCCUCUGCUUGGGUCGAGGCAUCGCCGCAGGUCGGUAUGCGAGGUCCGGGCUUGGGCGCACGUGGGGACGGGGCGAUCCGUGUCCCGCCGCGGGGCUUGUUUUGCGCGUUUGUUGGGCGCGCCCGGGGAAUGGGAGAGUGCCUGAAACAAACAGCCCGAGACACCUUCCCUACUUCCGAAGUUACUCGUGGGGUGAGGGGGAUAAGUAGGUUCCCCCCUAUUAAUAGCCUAAUGUCCCAGGGUGCUGGUUGCAAAAAUGUUAAAUACAGUUGUUAAAACAAUUGACAUCGCCCCCCUUCCCACUUCAGCUGGUAGCAGAUUUAAGGGCAGUGGCCCUUUAUUUUUUAAAAAGAAAGAAAACUUCCCUCAUUUCCCCCCAAUUUGCAAUUGUAACAGAAGCAAAGAGGAAAAAGAAACAACAACAUUUAUUAUGGCAGUCUUUCUGGCAAUAGGGCACAAGCUCUGUUCUGGCCCUGCCAACGAUCUGGAACGACUUUAUAGUUACUUAUAACUAUAUAAUAAACCCUGCUUCCUUCUGAAGCGUUCCAAGCGUGAUAUGUAAUCAUACGAUACAUAAUUUGAUAUUGUUGUGUAUACUGAUGAUUUGUCAUCUAGAUUGCCCAGGUGGCAUGCAGUCAGUUAAAAACAAUGAUUUGUAAAUAAAACAAACAAACAGUGGUACAAAUUCACCUAAUGCUCAACGCUGGACUACAGGAACUAUCCAUAAACAAAGUAAUUGCUUUUUAAUAAUAAUAAUAAUAAUAAUUAAUAAUCUAUCUCAGUCAUGCUCCCCUCACCUAGAUUCCAUCUUCUUUAGUUCAUUGCAACCACCAAGUAUGUAAGAACAUAUACAGUCCUGUACUUAAAAGUACUUGCCAUUGGAUCCAGCAGGACUUCUGCCUCUGAGUAGACUUGGGAUUGUGCUGUUUUUUCCUAACCACACUGCCUGCCAAAAAUGAAGAUAAAUAACUGAACAAAUUUUAUCAUAUCUCCAGUAGCCUCUGUGUGUGUGUGAGAGAGAGGGGGGGGGAGAGAGUUUAAUAUCUAUAUUCUCCAUUUCUGCCAAAUAAUGAUCAAGGUAGUUUACAGUAAAAAGGAAAAUGCGGUAGGUAAAAAUUAAAAUUAAAAACCAAAGUUAUAACCAACAAACUGACCCAGAUCUCUGCAGUAGGGCCAAAUUUCUGCCCACGGCACCCCACAUUGAUUGACCGUCAAAACACUGGCAAUAACUGGCUCCUGUUAAUUGGAAUCUGUUGGAAUUGUUAUUGGUCUGUUGUUUUUAACUUUGGGGCUGCUGCUGUUUUUUAAAAAUAAAAUAUUAAUAAACAGCAGUGGUUGGAGAGAAAGCCAGAUCAGAUUUAGGGGGGGCACGGGGUAGGAUAGGGGGUGAAGCGCUAUUGUGCAUUAAAACACAAUAUGAACAACAGUUAAAAAGCACCUUUACAAUCACAGAAAUACGGUGGGUUCCCCAAAUGUACUUCUCUAGUGUCAAAGGCCAGGGGUAAAAGGUUGCAUCUCCAUCAUCUUCUGACAGCUGCAUAAUGAAGGUUCCAGAUGCAUCUCUGUGGGGAAGGAGUUCCACAACUCGGGGGACGCCACCAAGAAGGCCCUCAUUUAGGCACCAACCCACUCCAAUAUUUUGAGGGCGGUCGAACUACCAAGCGCCCCCCUCUGCUGAUCUUAGCACCGAGAGGGUUUUGUAGGGAAGGGGGUGGUCUUUCAGGUAUUUGGGGUCUGAGUUGUGUAGGGCUUUAGGCACUAACAUGUGCACCUUGAAUUAGGCCUGGGAAUGAACAGGCAACCUGCUUUAAAACGGGUUAUGUGAGAUCUCGAAGGAACCCCAGCCAGCAAUCUGGCUGCUGUGUUUUGGACCUGCUUAGCAUUACUUUGGAGAUGAGUCAUCGUCCGCCUGGUCCGCUGCAGACUUUGAAUCCACGUACGCAGCAGGGUGGACGCUUUAUAAAUGUGAAAUGAUGGUUUGGCAGUCGUAGGGCAGCAGUCCAAGGAACAGUAAUGGGUCUGCUGUGUUGAAAGACGGUGCCAGACAGAAAUCGAACAGCACGAUAAAUGAGUGCCCUGAGAUGAUUGUGCUGAGGAAGAGAAUGGGUGGAUGCAAAGUCACGUUUCAGUGGAAACCCAUAAGAAGUGUCUUGAUGGAGAAGACCCAGAAACCAUUUUGGCCUGUAUCCUGUUCCUCACACUGGCCAAGAAGUCUACAAUCUGUGUCUCCUUUGUUGUUUGCCCUCAACACCUUUGCUUGUUUGUUUAUUUAGAGCAUUUACAUCCCACCCUUUAGAGUACAUGAAACGACUCCCAGUGUGGCUUACAAAAAACAGUUCCAAGACGGUCCUUGUCUUCAAACUCAGGAUCUUCAAGAAAAUAAAAUAGACACAUGGCGCACAAGGGAAGAAAGGAAGGGGAGGGAGGAGGAUAAAGCCAGCUCAAGCACAAGUUCUUCAAGUUAUAAUUCUUUAAUUAUUAUUUAUUUAUUUGUUUGUUUAUUUAUACAUACCCCGCCACUCUGGGUGACUUCCAACAAAAUAUUAAAAAUACAAUAAAACAUCAAACAUUAAAAACUUCCCUAAAGAGUGCUGCCUUCAGAUGUCUUCUCAAAGUCAGACAGUUGUUUAUUUCCUUGACGUCUGAUGGGAGGGCGUUCCACAGGGCAGGUGCCACUACCGAGAAGGCCCUCUGCCUGGUUCCCUGUAACUUCACUUCUCGCAGUGAGGGAACCACCAGAAGGCCCUCAGAGCUGGACCUCAGUGUCCGGGCAGAAUGAUGAGGGUGGAGACGCUCCUCCAGGUAUACUGACAGGUAUAAAGACACCACUGGACUCCAUCCCUCCUCAGCCUCAGCCAGCAUGGCCAGUGGUCAGGGAUGAUGUGAGCUGGAGCCCUACAAAUCUCUGGAGAGGGCCACAGUCUCCCCUCCUCUCUGGCAUCGCAGCUAACCCUGUCUUACAAGAUGGUAGAGCUGGUUUCUACCUUUUCCUGCUGCUUGAGCUCCUCAGAGGAAACAGUGGCAUACAAAUGUUGGAAAUAAAUACGCCACUGCUUUGCAUGAAUGAAUGCAGUGAUUUUUCUUUCCCCUUUGGCCACCCACAGGGACGGAGGAGGUGGUGAUUGGGGAGGUGGAAGGAAACGUCACCCUCGUGUGCCGGAACGUGUCUCCGCGAGCGGUCAAGGUGGAAUGGUUUCACGGGGACCCGGGAAAGAUCCCCAUCCUCUUCUCGUCGGACGGCAGCCUCCCUUCCGACGCUCGCUUCUCCCUGGUGAGGAACAGCUCCUUCCACAUCUCAGGCUUGCGGCUGCAGGACGAAGGCAACUAUACCUGCAGAGAGGUCCUGAAUGAGACAGAUCACAGACACAGGAUUCAGUUGCUCGUUGCCAGUAAGUUGCUGUCUUCCUUCUUUGCAUGGCCUUUUCUCUUUAUUAUUUUAUAAUAAUUUUUAUUUGAUUAAAAAAAGUAAAAAGUAAAUGUACAACAAAAUCAAUUGCAAAUCCAUAUACUGUAAAGAGAUUGCUCUGAAUCUCAAGACCUCCCCUCAUUCCUUCCAUGAGUCCUAAUAUCAACAUUUACAACUGCAUAUCAAUCCGUUAUCCACUUUUUUUUAUCCAUCUGAGUUAUCCAUAGUUUUUGUUACCUUACAAGUGAGAUUAAAACCCUGCUAAUGUUUUCAUCUGCUUACAAUGGUCUCCUAAAUAAAUUAUAAAUUUCCCCAUUCUUUUUAAAAGUUCUUGUCUUCUUGGUUCCUGAGCUUGCCAGUUAGUUUUGCCGUUUUGGCAUAGUCCAUCAACUUGGUUUGCCAUUCUUCCCUGGUCAGGACUGUUUCUUCUUUCAGUCUCUGGGCUAAUAGCAUACGUGCGGCUGUUGUUGCAUACAUAAAUGUACUUUUCUGAUCCUUUGGUAUCUCAGUACCUAUAAUUCCUGAUAAAAGGCUUCAGGUUUUUUAACAAACAUUAUUUUAAACAUUUUUUUCAUUUCAUGAUAUAUCAUCUCCCAGAAAGUUUUUAUUACCUCGCACGACCACCACAUAUUGUAAAAGGUACCUUCUUUUCUUUACAUUUCCAGCAGAUAUUUGUGUUUGUUCUAUAUGUUUUUGCUAACUUAAAGGUAAAGGUACCCCUGACUGUUAGGUUCAGUCACAGACAACUCUGGGGUUGCAGUGCUCAUCUUCCUCUAUAGGCCGAGGGAGCUGGCGUUUGUCCGCAGACAGCUUCCGGGUCAUGUGGCCAGCAUGACUGAGCUGCUUCUGGCGAACCAGAGCAGUGCACGGAAACACCGUUUACCUUCCCACUGGAGUGGUACCUAUUUAUCUACUUGCACUCUGACGUGCUUUCGAACUGCUAGGUGGGCAGGAGCUGGGACCAAACAACGGGAGCUCACCCCGUCAUGGGGAUUUGAACUGCCGACCUUCUGAUUGGCAAGCCCUAGGUUCUGUGGUUUAACCCACAGUGCCACCCGUAUGAGUCAAAUACCACCUGUACAUCAUUUUCAUAUAAUUUUCUUUCAGCGUACAACAUGCUGUGAAUUUCAAAUCUGUUUUCCAAUUUGCUUGGCGUUUCUUGCUCUUCAGCCAGCUCAGGGGUAGCAUGGUAUUCUCCAUUUGUUUUUGGAUUACAAGUCCCAUAAUUCCCAACUUGGUUGUGUUAGAUCGGGGUGUUGUAGUACAACAAAAUCAGGAGGCCGCUGUGUUGACUUACUGAGGCUACAUUUCUUCAGGCAGCGCUGAUUGAUUGAUUACAUUUCUAUGCCUCUUUUCAUUCAAAUGAAUGAAAGUGGCUUACAAACAAUAAAUAACAAUAACAAGAUGGAACAUAACAGGACAUAACAACGACAGCAUAAAUUGAAUAGAAUAAUUAACAAAUCAUCAGCAAAACAGUUAACAAAGUGGCUAAAAAAACUAAGCUAAACAUCACAAUUAAAGUCAUAUUACAGUGGUACCUCUAAUUACGAACUUAAUUUGUUCCGGAGGUCCAUUCUUAACCUGAAACUGUUCUUAACUAAAGGCGUACUUUUGCUAAUGGGGCACAUGAUUUCCAUUCUCAUCCUGGGGCAAAUUUCUCAACUUGAGGUAACUCUUCCAGGCUAGCGGAGUUUGUAACCUGAAGCGUUUGUAACCUGAGGAGUUUGUAACUUGAGGUACCACUGUAUAUGAUUAACAAAUCAAUACAGCAUUUAUAAUCUAUAAAAUGAUAUUAACAACAUUAAUAAAUUAGCAACUAAAGAAUGAACUAAGCACUGUUAAGUUCAUACACACACUCGCCACACACUAAUGACUCAUAAACUUUCACUCCAUUCAUUAAAAUACAUAUGAUGCCUGUGGCAGCAACUCCCUUCUGAAUGCUCCUCAGGCUGGAGGUGGGGCAGCCCAAAUGAAACCAACCACCCCCUGAUGGCAAACAUGAGUCUCUCUUCCCUCAGGGUUCUCCCUCUGGAAACAGCUCCUUUUUGAAGGCUCCUGGGGUUGAAGGGUAGGGCAAGGCAGGCGGGGAAAGCCAUUACCUGCUGGCCAACACAGUUUCUCACCCCUAGGAAGGGGAGAGGGCUCUUGAGCUUGGGUCCUGCUUGAGGGUUUCCUACGGGCAUUCGGGGGGGGGGGACGACCAUGAAAAGAGGUUGCUAGAUGGACCAUUGGUCUGGUCCCACAGGCUCUUCUUGCAUACUUCAAGCAGCUUUCUUGGUUGACCAAAUGGUCUUUGUAGUAAUAUAGGAAGAUAGGUCAGUUGAUUUGUUUUUAUCAGAUUAUGUUUGUACAGUUGUACCUCUGGUUGCAAAGGGGAUCUGUUCUGGAGCCCUGUUCGCAACCUGAGCAAAACGCAACCCACGUCUGCGCGUGCCGCGAUUCGCUGCUUCUGCGCAUGCGUGUGAUGUCAUUUUGAGCAUCUGCACAUGUGUGAGUGGCGAAACCCGGAAGUAACCCUUUCCAGUACUUCCGGGUCACCGCAGGACACAACCUGAAAACGCUCAACCUGAAGUAAACGCAACACGAGGUAUGACUGUAUACACAUUGGAAACCACCCAGAAUGGUGGGGGCAACCUAGUCAGAUGUGCAGGAUGCAAACAACAACAACAACAACAACAACUUUAAUAAUAAUUAUUACUACAGUGGUACCUUGGGUUACAUAUGCUUCAGGUUACAUACGCUUCAGGUUACAGACUCCACUAACCCAGAAAUACUUUGCUUCAGGAUGAGAACAGAAAUCGUGCUCUGGUGGCAUGGCAGCAGCAGGAGGCCCCAUUAGCUAAAGUGGUGCUUCAGGUUAAGAACAGUUUCAGGUUAAGAACGGACCUCCGGAACGAAUUCAGUACUUAACCCGAAGUACCACUGUAGUACUAUUAUGAUUCCAAUGGCCAGCAGCCUCUUUUGCCCAGGAGAUGACUAGAUUGCUCCAGGAAGGUCUGGUACCCAGCCCUUGCAGAACAGAUACCCAUUACAACUGCACAAUGACCUCUCCUCCUCAUCCUUCCUCAGCAAAGUCCUCCUAACUGCCACCCCCCUAAUGGGAGCCCUGUUAUUGUCUUACUAACUGGUUCACCGCCUCCUUACUUCCUGGCUUCGUUCCUUGCACAGCACCCUGUUUGCUUUUGAGGUGUGCUUUGUUGGUCAUCGUGAAGCAUGAGCGAGCUGAACAGAAGGCGGCACCUUUUUCGUUGCAGGACGUUACAGCUCCGAAAGGCUGCGACCUUGAGGCUGGGGGCCAGCAAGGGGAAGCGCGUCAGUGCAGGCUGGACCGAAGUCCAGAUAUCUGCCAUGCAGGGAGGGACAGGGAGAGGGCUGCUUGCCUUGUUUCCAAAGGCCCUGAUGAACCACUGCAGCAAAACUGGAAAUUGCUGAACCUUCAGGAAUCUUUGCAGAUGGACGCUGGCAUCCCCUUUUAAGGCAGAGUGGCUGUUUUGCAUGUGGGGUGUUUGUGUGUGUUGACCCUCUCCCCACCCCACAUAUUUCCUCCCCCCCAAUUUUUUAAAAUUAGUUUUCACAAUAUUAUAAACAAACAAACAAACAAACAAACACACAAGACAAACAAACAUAAAUCAUAGCCUUAUUGAAAAUUACACUUAUUAACUUUGUUAAGUGACUUCCUCGCUUCCCCUUGGUUGAAUUUCAAGGCAUGCCCUUUUAAUGGUUUUCCAAAUCCCAAUUAUUAUGAAAUUUAACUUAAACAUUAACAUCCUUAAAUCUUCACCUUAUGGAAUUAAACAUAUUAAUUCAUCACUUAACAUAAAAUCCUAAGCCAAUUAAGUAUCUGCAAGCUAUUUUCAGUUAAUUUAACUUAACAAAUUUAACUAGAUACGUAAUCAUUAAAUUUAUUCCACUCUUCCUGAUACUCCUCCUCCUUCUAGUCGCGGACUCUUCCAGUUUGGUCGGCUAGCUCCCCCCCACAUAUUUCCAGCUAAAAGGAGCAGGAGUUGGGAGACAGCUGCUUCCUAUAUUCCUUUGUCUCUAGCCCGCAUGUGGGGCAAACCCCUCCUCCCCGCCUCUCAGCAGCAAAACUCACAGGGGGAGAUCAGUGGUGGAACAGCUGCUUGGGAUGCCAGCACAGCCAGUUCUGAGGUUGACGGACCAGUGGGUUGACUCGGUCUAAGUCAGCACCCUAUGCUCCUGUUUAAUCCUUAAUUGGAGCCAUGAGGACUAGAAUCCUGCUUUAUUUCUGGGGAAAGCAGAGUGCAAGAGUAUCUGCUUGGUCACUGGCAUCUGCAGGUAGGGCUGGGGAAAGACUUCUGACAGCUGCUCCCAGGCGGUGCAGCCAAUACUAAGCUUUAAAGGAUUAAAUCAUGGAUGGGAAGGCUAUCAAUGGCUGCUGGCCACAGUGGUUAUGCUCUACCUCUACUGCCUGAGUUGUGGGUUCGAGUCCCGCAUUGGGCAAAAUAUUCCCGCAUUGCAGGGGGUUGGACAAGAUGACACGCGGGGUCCCUUCCAAUUCUAUGAUUCUAUGAUUAAUUCAGUUGUUUGCCUUCAUAGCCCAGUGGAGGGAGAGCAAGGUCUGGGUUCAGGACCACGGACAGUGCCCUUUACAGCCAAGGUCAAACAUCCAAGGUUUCUCAGAAAAGUCCUGGAGCAUCUGGCUGAGUUUUACAAAAUUUAUUUGCAAAUGGUAAUAUGAACUUGAGAGAUAAUCCCCUGAUAGGAUACUUAUUGGCAGCUGUAGCUAUCCCUUGAUAAAUUUCAUUCCAGAAUAAAGUACCCUGCAUUCCCACAAGAAAUAGGAAGCUGCCCCCUUUGUUCCCACAACCUCUCCAACAAUUUGUUGGAAGCAAUAUGAGAUAGUUAAACAGCUUUUAAAAGUAUAGUCAUACCUUGGAUCCCAAACGCCUUGUAAGUCAAAUGUUUUGGCUCCUGAACGCUGCAAAUCUGGAAGUCAGUGUUCUGGUUUGUGAACGUUCUUUGGAACCUGAAUGUCCAGCGUGGCUUCUGAUUGGCUGCACGAGCUUCCUGCAGCCAAUUGGAAGCUGUGCCUUGGUUUCUGAACAUUUUGGAAGUCAAACAGACUUCCGGAACAGAUUCCAUUUGACUUCUGAUGUACCACUGUAUAUCCUUUUUCUUUUUUUUAAGUACCUGUCUCUUUCACCUGCUUUCCAGGUGGCCCCACCAAGGUGAAUGUCAACAUUGGUCCUGCCACAGCGCUACCAAAUGGCACCCUCUACGCCCAGAGACACGGGACCCUCAACUUCUCCUGCACCAGCGACUCCCGCCCAACCUCUGCGACCAAAUGGGAUUUCUCCCAGUCUGGCUCCGGGCAGGAGCCCUUCACGGAAGUCAACAGCUCCCUGAGCUACUUUACCCUCUACAAUUUGUCGCCCAGCUUGCAAGGAAAUUACUCGUGCUCGGCAACUAACCUGCUCAGCCACCGGCAGCAGACCGUCACCCGUGAACUCCUGAUCUACUGUACGUAUACUAAUAGGAAACGUUUGCAUAGGGUCAUUGCAGAGUUUGGCCUUAAAAGCACUCAGUACAGUGCCCUGCAUCCCAUAGAACAUGAUGGCCCAGCUAAACAUUGUGAUACAUCAAUAUAUCAUGAUGUCUGAAAUAAGGAUGGAACUAUGUAGAGGCAAACAGUAGGGCCAGGCAAUAUCUGGUUUUCAGCAUCGUGAUAUAUCACCAGCUAAACGUUGUGAUAUUCUGAUAUAUCACAAUGUCUGAAAUAAAGAUGGAGCUAUGUAGAGGCAUGGGCUGGCUUGAUGGUUUUCCCCACUGUGAUUUUUUGCACAGCGCAUACCCACCCACACCAUGAUUUGUGAUCAAUGCUUUUUUUUCUGGAAAAAAGGUGGGGAAAAUCACAACAAAGUAAGCUUGUUUGUUGCAGGCCCAGUCACAGUGCUCCCUGCCCCGCCGGCAGUGGCUAAAUGUAAUAUGUGAUGAAUAAAUUGAAGCAGAAAAUGAUCUGGGUUCGAAAUGGCUACAACUUUAUUGAUUACAGAUAUAGGGUGGAUUUUUGGCUCAGGCAUUGGGUGUAUAUCCCUUCCAGCUUCCACCCCACCCCCCGGACAAAAAAUAAUUAUUUGAUUUUUAAAAGGUUAGGGAACUCGGUUUCCCCUGAGUUCCUGCUCAAAAAACCCCCAUUUGCGAUACAUUGCCAGGUCAAAAACUGUGAAACCGAUAUUAUGGUAUGGACUUCAAACCAGUUUUGGAGGGUAUAUUGAUAUAUCACCCAGCCCUAGCAGGAAAUUGUCCUUUCUUGGAACCCUGGAGGGUUGCUGCCAGUCUGUACGGACAAUAGGAAAGUCUCCUAGGACAGGAGAAGUGAUUCAAUGGCAGAACAUCUGCUUUGCAUGCAGAAGGUCUUGCGUUCCUUUCCAGGUAGGGCUCGGAGAGAGGCGAGCAUACGAACGAAUUGCAUGUCGACGCAAAAUAAGAAUGGAUAAAUACAGUGGUACCUCAGGUUACAUACGCUUCAGGUUACAUACGCUUCAGGUUACAGACUCCGCAAACCCAGAAAUAGUGCUUCAGGUUAAGAACUUUGCUUCAGGAUGAGAACAGAAAUCGUGCUCCGGCGGUGCAGCGACAGCGGGAGGCCCCAUUAGCUAAAAUGGUGCUUCAGGUUAAGAAUAGUUUCAGGUUAAGAACGGACCUCCGGAACGAAUUAAGUACUUAACCUGAGGUACCACUGUAUGAAGAAAUCUGGAAUGAAUAUUUAAGCAAUAAGGCGGAUAGUAGUAGGAAGUAGAGGGAGGAGAGAGAGGUGGGAAAAUAUUGUUUUAAAAGGUGUAGUCAUAGGUAUAUCAGUGUAUCCAAAUCUGAAUUGUCAAAUUGUGUUAUUACUGUUAUUAUGGUUUUUGUUGUAUGCCGGUGUUGAUGGUACUGAGCUUAGAUGAAGCAACGGUCUCGGCAUAAGGCAGCUUCCUCUGUGCCAGGAAGGAAAGCAGAUACUGGACCACUGAGUUCGCCAAGUAAGCUGAGGGCAGCUUCCUAUGCACCCCCCAGGCCUUCAGUUUAACCACAACACCACCCUCUAAAGGCAGGGAGGCUGCCGUGGGCCCCCCAGUGAUGAUCUCCGUGGGCUGUCGUUCAGCGUCAAAGAUGGCGUUUUCUCAUAUAUCCUGAUCCUAAACUGCUUAGGCCUUGAAAGGGUAUUUUGAGACUCCUGAGGGAAUGCAGCCCUUGAAGGAAGUCUGUUAUGAAACAAAAGCAUAGGGUAGAUGAAAGCAGAGUGAAAAGAGGGUGGCCUUCUGCUUCUCUCUCUUUCCGUCUCUCUCCCCAACACCCCCUUCUCUCUCCCUCUCUCUCUAUCUUCUUGACACCCCUCCUCUCUCAUUCUCUCUCUUCCCAACACCCCCUUUUCUCUCUCACCUUUGCUCCCCACCCAGUGCCAGGAAAGGGACAGAUUGCUCUUGCUGGAGGUCUUGAUGUGGGAAAAACCCCACCUAAAGUCUGUUGCAACCGAGUGCCUUAGUCACCAACAAUGGUGAGUGACGCUUGAGGAUUCUCUAAAAGCAAAAUUUUAUUUCUUGUACGAAAGGUUACUGCAGGUAUCAGCGAAGCGACCGGAGACAGAACCCAGAUCUCUGUUUACACACAGUUUUGAUAGUCGUAUAGAUUAGACCUGCAAGACACCCAGUGAUAAGAGUCUUAACCGCAAAGGCUGAUGUUUCCACACUUCAGCUAGCUAGGCAUUUUUCCUGUUUAUACCCCUGUUUUAAAGGUCAUGGCCUUAAAAUUUUCCUUUACACACUCCCCUUGUGGUUUGCACUUUCUCUGUCCCUCAAGCUUGCAUGAAUUUAGCAUGAAUACAAGGAGAAUACAGUAGUACCUCGGGUUAAGAACUUAAUUCAUUCUGGAGGUCUGUUCUUAACCUGAAACUGUUCUUAACCUGAGGUACCACUUUAGCUAAUGGGGCCUUCCGCUGCUGCCAUUCCGCUGCUGCAUGAUUUCUGUUCUCAUUCUGAAGCAAAGUUCUUAACCCGAGGUACUGUUUCUGGGUUAGCGGAGUCUGUAACCUGAAGCGUCUGUAACCCGAGGUACCACUGUACAUGAUGAUGGUGCCAGCCUGCAACAAGAUGCGUUAGUCUUGCUUCAGCUACAACAAAGAUGGAGGUGGUCUUGCUUCAAUUACAACAGUCUGAACUUUUCGCUUGCUGAGGGCCACAUGAAAUUGGUGGGGUGUGGAUUACUCAUGCCUGCUUCAGGCCUGAACACCCCAGUUCCCCAUGGCCAGCCAUGUCUUUACCUGCCCUGCUCCAAAAAACAUAUAUAACCUGUAGGGCAGUUGGACAUGGCUUGGCCCAAACAUCCUGCUGGGCCAAAUGGGAAGGCCUAGCGGGCCUAAUCAAGCCUGUGGGCUGUAGGUUCCUAACCUCUGCUUCAAGGGACACACUGAUGAAAAUUAGGCAUGGGAGAACGGGGAAUGAUAUGGGCAGGAGACCUUCGUAUGUGAACACUAGAUUGUUUUGUACAUGCAGAAUGGCCCCAAAAUAAAAAAUCCUCUCAGGCUUAUAUAUAGCUGUAUCUUGCAACUCGUACGUUUCGGCUCCUGGAUGAUCAAAAACCGGAAGUGAGUGUUCCGGUUUUUGAACGAUUUCUGGAAGCCGAACAUCUGGCACAGCUUCCACGGCUUCCGAUUAGCUGCAGGAUGCUCCACGUCUUGGUUUUUGAACAGUUCUGGGAGUCGGACAGACUCUGUUCGAGAACCAAGGUACGACUGUAUUUUUGCGGAAGAGAAGGUGAAUGUUUGGUCUCCUUGGCUCUGCCCUUUACCCAGCUUCACCUAGAGAGCCCGCCCUGCCCAUCCCUUAUUACAAUAAUGCACACAGGAAUCUUAUUUGUUUUGCCUGUGGAGCUUUCGUGUUGAAAAACAGGUUCUGGGGCUAAGCCCAGGGAGGAGGCAGCUCAGUUCAGCUCUUUCAUUCUACCGUCUGCCUUAUUUCUCAAAUGACCUGUCCAAAGCCUCUGAAAGUCAUUCUGGGAUAAUAACAUUUUUUUAAUGGGUCGCAAGAAUUUAGAAAAACAAUCCUGAACUUUUGCAGACAUCCAGACCUUUUGGGUGGCUCGAGGUUAAAUCACAUCCUAUGCUUCGGACAGCUGUGUUUUCAUGCUGGAUUUCCACUGCAUAUCUUGGGAUUUCAGCUGGGUGCAUGUUCUGAUUUCAUGUCAGAAUUCUGAGGCAGGUUGCAGAAACAGCAGUGCAGAAAAAAUGGAAGGGGGCGGGGACACCAAUUGUAAAAAAUAUAUUAAACCAUUGCAUCGUGUGUUUUUUAAAAAAUUAAAAAUCCACACAGUGUGCUAUGGAUCUGACACAUAUUCACAUGUUCUGUUUAGCUGCCUUCCAAUGACCCAUCCGGCUCAAUAUUGCCUACACUGACUGGCAGCAGCUCUCCAGGGUUUCAGGCAGGGAGUCUCCCCCCCCCCCCCAGCCCUACCUGGAGAUGCCACCGGGGAUUAAAGCUGCCCUGCAAAGCAGAUGCUGUACCGCUGAGCUGCGGCCUGUAAGGUUUUAAAGAUUGCAGAACACCUCCACCUGUUAAUCUUGUGAAUUUCUAUGCCUUCCUCAGAUCCUCCGCCAUCACUGCCUCGGUGCUGGGCUCAAACCUCCGCGGAAGGCUCUGGAGGGGUGCAGCUCCUUUGCAGCUGGACCGGGGGUUACCCGCACCCCACACUUCAGUGGACCAAUCUGGGGAACCUGAGCCGGGACAGUAACGUGACGGGCAUUGCGGACACCAAUGUGGCCGCUUUGAACGGCUCGCCUCUGCUCUCUGGGAAGGAGUUUGUGUGCCGCGGGAUCCACCUAUUGCAGCAGACUAGCCAGGCCUGCACCGUGAAGCUGGGUGAGUCAACAGACUGAUAAAACCCUAUUUUAAAGCCAUCCCAAGUUGACCUUCACUGCCUCCUGUGUUUGUCUUCCUUGCUUUCUCGAUACGCCUGUUUCAAUCACUCUCCCCACCCCCCGCCUUCUGUUUCCUCUGGUUUAGAGGCCCCUUCGCUUGUGUCCGACCCCAUGAGGAGCUGCUUCGUAGGGGGAGCCACCAGGAUGACGUGUCAGGCCAGCGCCGGAAACCCCCCUGCCAAUAUUUCCUGGCUGCGCAACAUCUCCCGGACCCAGACGGAGAUCCGUUCCGGCGGGAGGUUUCUGGUCAGCCAAAAGGGCAACGUCUCCACUCUGGUCAUCCAGAACUGUUCUCACGGCACGGACAGCGGUUUGUACAUUUGCAAGGUUGAGAACCCCCUGGGGCUGAAGGAGGCGUAUGUUUACCUCACCGUGAUCGGUAAGCAGAUAACCUUUAAAAUGGCAGUCGGCUGGUAUGCUAAGGAACGAGGCGGGGUGAAGGUCGCGCCAGUAAAUGAGUGGGUGGGAAAUGCUUUAUUCAUUCAUUCAUUCUUUCUUUUAGAGUAUUUGUACCCUGCGCUUCGGCCCAGAAGGAGCACAGAGUGUCUUAAGAAGAAUCAACUGAAACAGUGUUUCCCAAACCUGGAUCUCCAGGUGUUUUUGGACUACAACUCCCAUCAUCCCUAGCUAGCAAGACCAGUGGCCAGGGAUGAUGGGAGCUGUAGUCCAAAAGCAGCUGGAGACCCAAGUUUGGGAAACCCUGAACUGAAAACAAGGCAGUGCCUCCACAACAACCCAUAAUACUAGAACUGUGGGCUGUCCAGGGAAGCUCAACUUCCAGGGCAGACGAAAGAAACACAGCACAUAGUUAAACGGGGUGUUUGCUCCUGCAAUGUAGAAUGAUGGCCUCCAACUUGGAUGGUUUUUAAAAGAUUAUUAGGCACAUUGAUGAUGGAGAAGGCUGCCAAUGGCCAUGUUCUGCCUCCACAGUCGGAAGCAGGCAAACUGCCCCUGGAUACCAGCUGCCGGGAGACACAAGUGGGGAAGAAUGUUAUUUCUCUCAGGUCCUGUUUGUGGGGUGGCCAUUGUGAGAACAGGGUGGUGCACUAGGUGGGCCUUGGGCCUAAUCCAGCAGGUCACUUCUUAAGAAGUCUUCUUGGCGGUUUUUGUUUCUUAAAAGAGUGUAGAACCUGAGAAGUAAUAUGAGUUCUGGGGAAAGGCAAUGUGGUACUACUGACUGUUGGAAAGGGAUAAGAUAAAGGGAGACAUUAAUCAUAAAUAAUAAUAAUUUUAUUAUUUAUACCCUGUCCAUUUGGCUCAGUUGCCCCAGGAGAGAAAAAAAACAUACAUCAGGGGAAAAUAAACUCUGCCCCAUUUGGGUAAAUAAACUCUGCCUCAUUGGUCCAUGAGGUUGAAAUAAGAGGCUGAAAGGAGCAGCAUUUUGGAAGCUGCUUUGUGCUGCUCCUUUUCAAUUAUUAUUCUUGACAAGGAUUGAUUGAUUAUAUUGGUAUUAAUAAUAAUAAUAAAUUUUAUUUAUACCCCGCCCUCCUCAGCCAAGGCCGGGUUCAGGGUGGCUAACAAGCAAUAAUAAAAACAAGUUGAAUGAAUACAACUUAAAAACAAGAUUAAAAUAAAAUAAUAAUAAUUACUGCCUGUUUAUUUCUCCAGAGUUUUAUAAUUUUUUUAAAAAAUUGGGUUGCUAUGCCCUGAGACAUUUAAUUGACAGUGAGUUAUUUAUUUUAAAUGAAGACGUUAAAUAGGCCAGAACUGCUAUUUCACUGCUUUUCUUCCCACCCCGCCAAACCACUCCUCCCGCCACAGAGCCAGUGAACAUCGCAGGCAUAGUGGGUGCAAUUGUGGUCCUUUUGCUGCUGGCCGUUCUAGUCCUCUCUGGAGUCCUCUUAUACGCUGGACCCCGUUGGUGCCCAAAAGGUAAGAAACCGCUAGCUCUAAUAACCCUUCCAGGCGACAUAAAAAUAAAAACUAUGAAAAUUACAACUCCCAUCAUCUCUGACCAUUGGCCAUGCUGGCAGGGGCUGAUGGAAAUUGUAGCUCAACAACAUCUGGAGGGUCACAGAUGCCCCCCCUCCUGGUCUAAAACUUGCUACAAGGUUAUUUGAACGGUAUGCAGGCUUUUAGUGGUGAAGUAGAGAGCAGUCAAAGACACCCCAGUUUAUGAAACUCCACUUAAGGCAGGAUUGAAAUCUGUGCAAUGAAUCUCUUCAUUACAGUACCAAAAUCUGGGCUCUCUAUUUAAUUUUAUAUGAUACCCAGUCGGUGGCUUUCAGCACACAUGUGCACAUACAAGAAAAGGAUUUAACAAAAGCCACCGUAUCUCCUGUGAUUUGGGUUCUCUCGGAUUGGGCCAGAAUUGUAGAAACACCACAAGUUUAAUGUAGCGAAACACAAGCUCUAUGCCCUUUGACAUCACAUCAGAUGCAUGUUGUACAUUCUGAGCAAGUGCAUGUUUACCCAUUGAUCUCAAACUGUCUCCUCCUCUCUCUCUCUCUCUCUCUCUCUCUCUCUCUUCCAGCCAACAUGCUCAGGUGAGUGUCUCCUUAAGUGGGCAAGUCCUUAAGCAGCGUCACUUGUUUUGUAUGCAGAAAAUCCCAAAUUCAAUCCCUGGCUUCUCUUAAUUAGAACAGUGGUGGGGAACUAUUUUUUCACAGCCAGAGGGCCACACUCCCUUCUUGGCAAUCACCUAGGGGCUGCAUACCAGCAGUGGGCACGGUCAGAGGCAAAUUGGGCAGAGUAUGUGAAGCUGCGGGGCACGGGUGGCGCUGUGGGUUAAACCACAGAGCCUAGGACUUGCCGAUCAGAAGGUCGGCGGUUCGAAUCCCCGCGACGGGGUGAGCUCCUGUGGUUUGGUCCCUGCUCCUGCCAACCUAGCAGUUUGAAAGCACGUCCAAGUGCAAGUAGAUAAAUAGGUACCGCUCCGGCGGGAAGGUAAACGGCUUUUCCGUGCGCUGCUCUGGUUCGCCAGAAGCGGCUUAGUCAUGCUGGCCACAUGACCCGGAAGCUAUACGCUGGCUCCCUCGGCCAGUAAAGCGAAAUGAGCACCGCAACCCCAGAGUCGGUCACGACUGGACCUAAUGGUCAGGGGUCCCCUUACCCUUUACCUUAUGUGAAGCUGCCCAGUCGGUUGGCACAUCCGGCCCUGCACUGUCUGCACCAGGGAUGGGGAACCUCGUUGGGCAACUUUCCAGGGGCCACAAACCCCUUUUGGGAGGGGCAAGGGACAAAAGUGGACGGAACAGGAAACAUACAUUUUGCCUCUGUAUAGUAAGCUAGUACAGUCGUACCUUGGAUCCUGAACGCCUUGGUACUCGUACGUUUUGGCUCCUGAACGCUGCAAAUCCUGAAGUGAGUGUUCCAGUUUGUGAAUGUUCUUUGGAACCCGAAUGUCUGACCGGGCUUCUGAUUGGCUGCAGGAGUUUCCUGCAGCCAAUCAGAAGCCGCGCUUUGGUUUCCCAAUGUUUUGGAAGUCAAAUGGACUUCCAGAACGGAUUCGGUUUGACUUCUGAGGUACCGCUGUAUCUGUAUCCCAAACUACCUCUCUAUCCUCCAUCCAGCAAGCAAGAGGCAUUAUGGGAGAUGAAGCCCACGUUCAAGCCAGGCAGAAGCCCUUGAAGCUGUGAGCCAGGGAUGUGUCUGGGGAAAGUCCCAAGGGCCACAUUGAGAGGCCUGGGGGGCUGCAUUCAGCCCCAGGGUCUGAGGUUCACCAGUGCUGAGUUAAAAGAGUUGGGUAGCAGGCUAUGGCAAGGACCUUUCACUGCUUGAGCUGCUGCUAGUUGGAGUCACAAAUGUGGAGCUGGAUGGACAAAUGGGCAGCUGACUUGCCUGGGGUGUUUUUUGGUGGCCAGGUCUACCCAUUGAAUCGUGUGGGGGUUCUCCCAACUCUCUCCCAGAACAGAUUCAGACGAGACUUGGUGAAGUGGAGAAAUUUCCAUUGUGCUAGCCAGAGUCCUUGCAAUGGCUUCCACUAACACAUGGACUUUUUUCAGUGGUCCGGUCUACCUGGUGAAAUUCAUUACAGUGGUACCUCGGAUUAAGUAAUUUGUUCCGGAGGUCUGUUCUUAACCUGAAACUGUUCUUAACCUGAAGCACCACUUUAGCUAAUGGGGCCUCCCUCUGCUGCCGCGCCGCUGGAGCACGAUUUCUGUUCUAUUCCUGAAGCAAAGUUCUUAACCCGAGGUACUAUUUCUGGAUUAGCGGAGUCUGUAACCUGAAGCGUAUGUUACCUGAAGCGUAUGUAACCCGAGGUACCACUCUAUUCAACAGAGGCAUCUGUGCUGAUGGGGGGGGACCUCUACCAAGAACCCCACCCCCAAGUUGCAUUAUAGCUGCACAACAACCCCAGCAGAAGCGGAUUUAGGGGAGUGCAACUGGUUUGGUCGCACUGGGUGCAGAGCCUCUGGGUAGCAUAGGGGCCACCGCAGCUACAACACAGAAUGGAGGGUGAGAGGCAGGGGUGCCGAAUUUUGGCAUUGCACAGGGAACCGUUGAAAUCUGAAACCCCAAAGUCUGCCACCGACCCCAGUCCAUUUCCUUCUGCUGCGAGGGAUAAACCCUGGGAGCUGUUCGCAGAUGCAGUUGAGAGGGCAGACGGCAUAAAAUUCCUUGCCUGAUGAAGAGGAGGAGGCGGCAGGGAAAGGUCCCGCUGACCGUUCUCUUAACUUUCCAUCCUUCUGACCGCCGUAGGAAUCGAGAUGCAAGCGAUAUCCUUGUGCUGAUGGAUUCGGAAGAAGAGGAUCCGCUGGCGGAAGCAGCCGGGGAGCCCGCUUCAGAUCAGGGGGUUGCCCUGGCUAAUGGAGGGUCUGCCACGCCUCACCAAAGUAAGCUGUGAACCUUUUCUUAAUUUCUUUAUUAGCAGACCAUUACAGAAUUUUAUAGCGAUUGACAACCAUUACUGGCUCUUUCCUAGCCCCUCAUCUGAAGCUACAGGAGAAAAGGGCAUGCAAGACAGACAACUCCUCAGCCUUGUUACAGGGCAGCACCUAUUGUAUCUGCUACCUGACAUAUCAGAGGGGAGAACAUAAAAAACUUGCUAGAGAGAGCAGAUUCUCCAAGUGUCCUAUUUUCCAGGGACGUCCCUGAUUUAGAGAAGCCGUCCCGGCUUCUGAUUUGAUCCCAGAAUGUCCCAAUUUUCCUCAGGACACCCCUAUUUUCAUUGGAGAAAUGUUGGAGGGUGGAGAGUUAUCCUAUCCCUGAGCCAUCUGAAGGCAAUCCUGUAUAGUGAGGGUUUUUUUUCUAAAAAUGUUUAAUUUUUAAAAUAUAUAUAUGUUGGGGACGCAGGUGGCGCUGUGGGUUAAACCACAGAGCCUAGGGCUUGCCGAUCAGAAGGUUGUGGUUCGACUCCCCGUGACGGGGUGAGCUCCCAUUGCUUGGUCCCUGCUCCUGCCAACCUAGCAGUUCGAAAGCACGUCCAAGUGCAAGUAGAUAAAUAGGUACUGCUCUGGCGGGAAGGUAAACGGCAUUUCUGUGUGCUGCUCUGGUUUCGCCAGAAGCAGCUUAGUCAUGCUGUCCACAUGACCCGGAAGCUGUACGCCGGCUCCCUCGGCCAGUAAAGCGAGAUGAGCGCCGCAACCGCAGAGUUGGCCACGACUGGACCUAAUGGUCAGGGGUCCCUUUACCUUAUAUAUAUAUGUUGGAAGCUGCCCAGAGUGGCUAGGGCAACCCAGUAAAAAUGUGUGGGGUAUAAAUAGUAAAUUUAUCAUUAUGGGAUGGGACGUCCCUAUUUUCACUGGAGAGAUGUUGGAGGGUAUGAGAGAAAGUCUUCCUAUAUAUUUAGGAAUAGUUAACCACCCCCAGAAUAGCAUUACAAGGGAGGAAUGGUCACCCCAGUGCAUGAUGGGUUGAGAAUUCCAGUGCAGUUCCUUGAAGCUCUCAGAAAUCUGUAACCAAAAGCCUCUGUUUAUUAACAAUCUCUUCAGAUCCAUGGUUCACAGUUACGAGGGUGGUAGACCUGCUGAGGUAACUGUGAACCUUCACAGCCUGAGUCAUGCCUUUAGUGGGCCGCUAUGUGCUGUUUUUGCCAUCGCUGCCUCUAGUAGUAUUCCGGAUCAUAAUUAAAACAUGCAGUAAAACUUACAGCGAUGGCGUGACUCUGGAAAAGGAUUGAGAAAUAGCAAUCAACCUUAUUGCGGUUGCAAAGAGCAUGAUAGCUAAAAAUUGGAGGGAGAAAAGUUUAUCUCCUACUGUACGUAAAUGGUUUUUUUGGGGGGGAAGUCUAUAGUAACAAAGAUUAAGUUAAGGAUAGAGAUAGAGAUGAUAAGGAAAACUGGAAGACACAAUGAGAGGUAAAGGAGGUGCUGUGGGAUUGGUGGAAGUCAAUGUUUGUUUUUCUUUUUAGUGUUUAUAUUAUUAAUUUGUAAUAUUUGUAUUUUUUUUGUAUGCUUGUUUUUGUGUUUUGUGUAUUGUUAUUUUUCGUUGUUGUUGUGUGGAGAAUACUAAUAAAAUUAAUAAUUAAAAUAAUAAUAAUAAUAAAGUUAACUUAAUUAUAAAAGAAUACAUAUAACCCAGAGAUAUUCAACCUUUUUGAGCCCACGGCUCCCUUGACAAACUGCAUUCUUUCUGUGACAACCCUGUUAUGUCACCCCUUGCCUGCAGAGCUGACAGCCUCUCACCCUUUUCCGAACACCUUCCCUUGUGGAGUGUUUCCUGAGCCUUCUCUCCCCUCCCCUCUCCUUGGGAGUCCUCCGGGCGGCUCUUGCAGCCACCCCUGGUCUCCGAGCUUCCUCCCCCUGCCCCAAAGAGAGGUGCCUCCUCACACUGCCCCACAGGGGUCUGGGAAGAGGAUGCCCCCAGCCUUAAUGGUCCAAUGGAGAUUGGCCAAAGGUGAACAUGAGGCCAGCACCUUACCUUGGGAGGCAGCAGUGGCAACAGUAGGUGCUGCCAGGCCAACAUGGUGGAAAGGCUCUUUCAGCACCAGGUACUCAGCUCCCAGGCAAGCCUUGCACACAGCAAUCACAAGGAAGUCCAGAACAGUUCCUGCCUGGCCUCCCACUUGUCUGUCCGUUCCCAACAAUAAGGGCUGGUGGACUGGCUGGCUGGGCUCCCUCACCCGCUUGUUUGCUUACUCUGAUGCUGCCUCAGCUCCUGGCAACCAUCACCCCCUGGCCAGCCCCAGAGGCACCAUUCACCUAUGGAGCUUGUAGCCAGGGCUGCUGCAACAAACAGCUGUGCAAGCCUUUGGGAGGCAGAGAUGUGAGAGGGCAUCAGAGGAGGGAGGGAAGGAAAGAGGGCCAGAGACCAGUGUUGCCCAUGGCACCCAUGACAAUCAUUCAAGGCACCCCAGGGUGCCACGGCACACUGGUUGAAAACCACUGAUAUAACCUAAUAGGUUUUUUGGGGGAAAUGGGCAUUUUUUGUAAUUUUUGUAGUACAGUAAGCCUAACGAUAAUGUUUGUGCUGCUUUCAACUUGUUGUAAUGGGGUGAUUAUUUCUUUCAUGGUGUUUUGGUUUACUUUAUGGAAUCUAAAUUAAAUUUACUUAUUUUUUUUAAAAAGCCAGCAUGCAGCAAACUGAUCCUAUGAAAAGAACCCAGCCAUUAAAACAGGAAGCUUGGGGCAGGAGCUGAAGGAGAUGUGCUGGUGUAAGUUUCACUCCCUUGUUCUUUGUUUCAGGCCCCCAGGCAGACGUGCCUAGUGAAAGUUCUCUUGAGGACACCAACAGAGAAACCAGGUCCAAAAUGUAGAGGGAGCUCUCUUCAUCGUUGCCUUUCCGUGUGUGCUAGGAACCAAAGCUUCACCGCAAUGUAACUCUGCUCUGAUCCUGGCCCGGGGAGAAGGAAGGAGUUCACUUGGCAGCCAGAUCAUUCUCAGAGGCCUUCUUCAUCCCGUCUUGAUCAUGCCCUUCCACAUUUUUCAUAAUUCUCCCGCCUGCUCUUUCUUCCUUCCUCUCGUCCUUUAAAGAAAAAAAAGACUGAGCUUGAAACUUCAUGGCAGCGAUACAGGAAAUGUGCAGGGAGGGGGCAGGAGCAGGCCAGUUUCCUUCCUUAGGAGCAAGAUGGAAAGAUCCAGGCUGUGUUAGGAAGGAGCUUCGCUGGGCAAGAGAUCCUCCAGGGCAGCUUGAAGGGCUGGAAGGAGGGGGUUGUCUUGAACCCAGUUCCGUUUGCCCAGCUUGGCAUGAAAAUGAAUUGGGUUCUUCUGAUCCUUGUCCAUGCCUAUGGGCAGGAUUGCAGGGGGUUGGAAUAGAUGAGCCUUGAGGUCCCUUUGAGCUCUACAAUUCUGUGAUUCAUUGGCUUGCGUAUUUACAGCAAAGUGGAGGCAGCUGGCACAACGAUGCUUCCUCUGUGGCCUUAAGCAAGCUGAAUGUACCCCUCUUAACUCCUUCUGUUCUGGGAUUCUCUUUUGGGAAGGGCUUGUAGCUCAGGGACUAGAGGAUCUGCCUUGCAUGCAGGAGGUCCCUGGUUCAGUCCCUGGCAUCUCCAGUUGGGACUGGAAUAAGACUCCCUGUCUGGAGAGCUGCCAGUCACUGUAGGCAAUACUGAGCUUGAUGGACAAGUGACUGUUUUCCUGUGUCUUUUAGAGAAAGAGCUGUAGCUCAGUGGAAGAGCAUGCAGCAGGCCCCUGGCUCAAUCGCAAAUGGCAUCUCCAUGUAGCUAAGAGAGACUAAAUCCUGGAGAGCCACUGCUGGUCUGUUUAGGCAUGAUUCUGCAUAAGGCUGCCUCCUGUGUGGGGUUUUCAGCAGUAAAUGAAUUUCAAGUUUAGGGGCAAUGUAAACCUGAAAAGGUACCAGGCUGCUGUGAGCUGCGGAGUGGUGCAAUAAAGCAAGGCCUAUGGAGAAAGAAUGAAGUCUGUAGGCUUCUCAGAUCUCCUUUGUAGAAUCCUACGAUCAUAAAGCAUUAGAUGCCCUGGUCUAAAAACACUAGAUGGGAAUCUUAUUUAUGUCUUUCAGACAAAAUUUGGGGAUGUCGUGAAUCUGGGUUAUGCCAGUGGAGGCCUUACCCGAUAAAACACUGAAUGUAGUUAAUAUGAAAUAAAUAUUGUGCCCUAUUGCUGCAUAAGCCCAUUCUGCAGAUGGGUUAAAAACCCCCAAUGAUGUCACCAGUUCAUGGUAGCUGCAGACCUCCAGGAUGGUUUCCUGAGUGAGCACAACUGAAGCAAAUGGGAGCCAUCUAGGAGUACAGAUCAGCUCACACUCAUUUCGGUGGGGCCUGUUUGAGUAGACUGUGCCCCCUUCCAAAAUCAAUUUUCUAGCCCAUCCAGUUACUUGUGUGUUUCUGUGUGCCACAGGCUGGCUUGGGCUGUGGGGUUUGGUAAGCUGCUCGCUUAAGAAAGAAUUGUUACCUGGAGGCAACAGCUGGUCUCAAACUCAGUUCCAAAGAGUUGUAGAAACACAGAUUUUUCUUCUGGAGAACCUAACUGUGGAGGUGAUCUUUUGCUUAUGGAAUAAAAAUGUGUAUUUUGCAUCCAA